CUCGUUUUGGGGCGUGCGCUACCUCGUUUUCAGGAUGUUCAUUUGCUAAACCUGGAGAACGAGUCGCUUGUUAGAAAAAAUGUGUGCCGCUCGAACCCGUGACACAUCGGCCUCUCCACGAACCGCGCGGGCGACCGAGCCGGUCGAGAUGGACUGAAUGAGAGGGGAGCGCGAGGCGCGAGGCGCGCGGCGCGGACUCAAACGCUGACGUCAUGUGUGCAGCGGCUGAUCGCGGCCGGAGGCGGCGCCCUUCUCCCAGAAUGUACAUCGUGCAGUCGGACUACAGGGUCGAGGAUCACCUUGAGGGCGCCAUCCGGCUGCCCCGCGGGAGCCUGUGUCAGGUGCAGGAGGGGGGCAGAGGGGAGCUGCUGUGGGUGAAGGUGUUGGACUCUGGUGCCCUCGUGAAGAUCGAGCGGCAGGUUCUAGUGGAAGUUCCAACGGACCACGCGGCAUUGCUGGAAGCUGUGUCAGACCCAGAAAUCCGCCUUCUCCUGUUUUUCAGGCCCCAGCGCCUCCAGCGGUUAGCCACCCUGCCCCUGGGGGCAGAGCUGCAGGUGCAAGUGGGCCAGUCAGUGGAGCUGGUGGGAGGAAUACUGCGGUAUCGCGGUCCGCUGACAGGCGGAAGCACUGCCGUGUACUUUGGGGUGCAGCUGAAGUCACCUGUAGCUGGAAGAGGAAGUGGUAAUGGCUCCUACAAGGGACAUCAGUUCUUCCACUGCCCUGAAGGCUGUGGUAUCUUUGUGGCAGUCAACAAGCUCUCCCUGCCAUCUUCUCGGGUCAGCAGUGGAAAUACGGAGAUGAUCCUUGACCGCAGCCGUGACCGUGGUUUUAAUCACAGUGCCAUCCUUCCCCGGACUGCUGACUGCAACCCCAAACCCGGACCGGGUCCAUCGCUGCAGGCCGGACAGAGGGACAGCCCUAUGGAUAUUUGGGAUGGACGCUUCCAUUCACAGGCCAAGGUGCCUCGAGAUCCAAGAAUACACCAGUCCCCGACACGCUCUCCCAGUGUCAAGCUUUGCCAGAGCCCUUCUUUUUCGCCAGCCAGCAAACUCCGCGGCCCCACCUCCCCUAGUGCUGUUGACCAAUUGUGUCACUCCCCACGGACACUGGUACCUCUGUCUCCCACCAAGCCUGAGCCGGAACGCGAUGAUGACCAGGGGGGAAGAACAGGACCAGCCCUCGAGCUGGAGCUGGAGCUGGAGGUGGGCUCCAUGGUGGAGGUGAAUGACCCUCCCCUCUAUGGCGUAAUCCGUUGGAUUGGGAAAAUCAACGGCGUCUCGGAGCUUGUAGCUGGACUGGAACUGGACCAGGAGUUGACCGCAGCGACAGACGGAAGUUACCUUGGCGAGCGCCACUUCCGCUGCCCGCCAAAUAAAGGACUGUUUGUAAAGCUGCGCAACUGUCGGCGAGAUUCGCGCUUCCCUGCCCCCGAGAUGCCGGCCAACCAGGUGGAACGAUGCAACUCCAUAGCGUUUGCAGAGUGGUCCAGCGAAAGAGUAGAGGACAAUACACCCCCGCUGUACGGGGAAGCGGCUCGCGAGUGCUACAGCGGCUGGAAGAAAGGCAUUCAGGGGCAUCUCAACUCGUGUUACCUGGAUGCUUCACUCUUCAGUCUGUUCUCCUGCUCGAGCGCCAUAGACUGGAUCUUGCUGUGGCCUGCCACGCCCCAGGAUGGUCACCACUGCUACCAUGCCCAGGACUUGCUGCGCUGCGAGAUUGUCAACCCCCUGCGGAGGAAUGGCUAUGUUUGUGCGAGUAAGACCAUGGCCUUGCGACGGCUGCUGGAAGCAGAGAGCACUGACGCAGGUUUUACCAGCCAAGAGAAAGAUCCAGAGGAAUUCAUCAAUAAACUGUUCCAGCUGUUACGAGUUGAACCUCUACUGAGGAUUAGGUCGCUGAGUCACAAACCUCAAGAGUGCCACCUGUACCAGCUGUUCCCUCCACCUCGUUCUGCCUCCCUCCCUCUGUCCCCAUCCACUCCGCAGCCCUUGAGGGUGGCUACUGUGCAGAUCUUGCUCGAGACCUCCUUUGUCCAUGCUGGGCUGAAGUUUGCAGAGGCCCCAUCCUGUCUGCUGCUGCUAAUGCCCAGGUUUGGAAAGGAUUACAAAAUGUUUGAUGCCAUCCUGCCUUCCCUGACACUUGAUAUCACCGAUCUGCUGGAUGACACUCUGCGAGAGUGCAGUAUCUGUCAGUCCGUUGCCGAGUGGGAGUGUACUCAGUGCUACGAAGACCUGGAGAUCACACCUGGUCGACUCAAACAGUAUUGCAACACCUGCAACACACAGGUGCACAGCCACAGGAAGCGACUCUCACACGCGCCGGGAAAGGUGGGCGUGCCAGGUGGUCCAUGGGCAGGACCGGUACAUGGUGCUCGCCAGCGAAUGGCGCUCUUUGCAGUCACGUGUAUCCAGACUAGCCAUUAUGUGAGCUUUGUCCGCUACGGACCCCUCGCCACAGACUGGCUCUUCUUCGAUAGCAUGGCUGACAGGGAAGGUGGGGAAAAUGGCUUCAAUGUACCGCAGGUGCGGGCCUGUCCCGAGGUGAGCCGCUACCUGAGCAUGUCCGAGAAGGAGCUGAGCAGACUGGAGCUCUCGUCCCUGCGCGACCCGGCCCGUCGCCUGCUCUGCGACUCUUACAUGUGCCUGUACCACAGUCCCCAGUUAAGCCUGUACAAGUGAAGUGUGAACUCGCAGGAAUUCCGACAGGAGCCAUCCACGGACUCACAAACUUUAGGCAUUAAGACACACAGGAUGACACGUAUACACAAAUAUAGACACGCAUAAUUACAGGAAUAUACAAAUACAGCAGAAAUAAGCAGUGUUUUUAGAAGUUUUCACAUUAGUCCCCGUAAUGAAGCAAAGCAGGGAAAACGGAUCACUAAAAGUGGAGCUAACGUUCACAAUGUUUUCUAUUUUUAAGCAGUUUUAUUUGCUGUGCGAUGUAUGUAACUGUCACUAUAACUGGAAAAGUAUUUUCAAAGUAUUCAUUUUACUUGUAUGUUCAUUUUUAUAAUACAAUAAUACAUUUACAUGUUACAUUUA